GGGCGGGGCGCGGGUAGUUUCCUACACAAACCCGGCGGGACUUCCUGGACCCUCGGGUUUUCUUUUUUUCUUGGUCUUGUGUCGUUUUAGCAGCGGCCCGGAGUUACCAGGGGACCUCGAGGCAAUGAGGAGACGUUCUCUGUGGAGGUUAGUGAAGCUGGUCGCCGCUGCGCUCGCGCUCGUCCUGUCCGCGCACAUUUUACUCAGCGGUCUGACGUAUGGAAAACAUCCGCCGAAGCCGAGUCUCCUUCCAGCGGAGGAAUAUCGGCUCAUUUCUCCUGAAACAUACGAGUAUGUUCUCAAACGGCCGGCGGCGUGCGCGGACCGAACCGGACCCCCCUUCCUGGUACUAAUGGUCCCGGUUGCCCCUGCGGAGGCCGCUGCCAGGGAAGCAGUCAGAAAAACGUGGGGGGCUCCGAGUGAAGACACCCUCACCCUGUUCUUCGUGGGGCUCCCCGAGGGGGGGCGGGGCUCGCGCGUUCAGGCCCUGCUAGAGGAGGAGAGCAGCGCGCGCGCUGACAUCAUCCAGAUGAACUUCCAGGACAGUUACCAGAACCUGACCGUCAAGACCAUGAUGAUGAUGAGCUGGCUGGCCACGCACUGCCCGAACGCCUCCUACGCCAUGAAGGUGGACACCGACGUCUUCGUGAACGUCUUCUACCUCCUUAGAAGACUGAGGGGCUCCCCCGGGCGGGACUUCAUCACGGGGUCGGUGAUCAGCGACGGCAGACCGCGGAGGAGCCGCGACAGCAAGUGGCACUUGUCGGAGGAGGUGUACCCGGAGGACAGCUUCCCGCCGUACGUGUCCGGGGCAGGUUACGUCUUCUCUGCCGACCUGGCCCCCAGGAUCUCCUGGGCGUCCCGGUUCGUGAGGCCGAUCCCCCUGGAGGACGUGUACGUGGGGCUGUGUCUGCGCGUGCUGGCCGUGCGUCCCGUGUACUCCCUCGGCCUGCCGACCUUCAGGAGCCUGUUCGAAGUCCGGCGGCUGCAGUACGACAGGUGCGCGUUCGCGCGACUAGUGCUCGCCAACGGGUUUAAGCCGUCCCAGCUGCUGCACAUGUGGCGGGACUUCACCCGAGACCCGAGCGGCUGCUGACUGCAAAGUCCCAACACACACACACACACACACACACACACGCGGAAGAGUAAGCCAUGAGAUGUGCAAAGAUGUUUUGAUUAGUCAGUAAGCAAAGGAAUGUAUUAGUUAAUCCUUGAAGGGGGGGGGGGGGCUGUGAGUCACUUCAGAUUGUUCUCCUCAGGCUAAAAAAAAGCAGACUUUUAAGUACACUCCCUGUUGAUCAGAUGACUAAUGAAGCCACUUUGCGGAGCAUUUAAAUAAUGCACUUCUCAAAUAGUCAAGGGACAGAAUCCUAGACAGCCACUUGAAAGGGAAAUCCGAAGUUAGCAAUAGCAAUACAAAAAAACUAAAGAUGAACUAAAAGGAGAACUGCCACGAAUGAAUCCGUAUUAAUAAAGACCUCCAACUUCCUGCAGCCAGAUCCUGAUGAGGCGGAAGCUCUGGGAAUUGUUCCUAUAAUCACAAUAAUCCUUAAAAUGUUUAUAUUUUCCUGUUUUUACAAAUUGAUUAAUUGUUUUGACUCUAUGGGAUAGCAAAAGUGAAGCUGUUCUUUUUCUGUCCUGGUUACAUUCAAAUGUUUUAUCCAAAGUUUAUCCAGGGACUUGCUCUUUACACCAAAGACUAUAAAGUGAAUAAUCCACAUUGCUGUUACCGGUUGUCACCUCAAAUGACUUGGAGCCAUACACGCAUUGGAAGCCCUGUUGAAUGCAUCACGCUGCUACUGCGAGCUUCACAGAGAGGAGCCUUUAUAGUGUCACCUGUUGGUUAGGUGACCGCUGUGCCUUUUGAAAUGCUGAGUCUUAUAACUCGGGGCCUUUUUAAUGUUGUUGUUGUUGUUGUUUCACAUGCCGACCAGCUGGUGGCAGCAUGAGAUAGCAGAUGAUGGACAUCAAUUUAGUGCCUAAUGCUGAUGUGUUAUUUGCCCUUUUUACUGCCUAAUAAUUGUUCUUUAAGCCAAUGCAUUCAUAUAUAUUGAAUUCACUUUGUGCUGCUAUUGAUGUGCUGUUCUAAUUAUUAUUAUUAUUGCUGCUGAAGCUUUGGGUAUCGCUUUUAGUUCGCCAUGCUGGAAUAAAUGCUGUUUCCAUCCGGACAAAAUAAAAGUCUUGGAUAAAUGUUUAUAAUAAUUUAUCAUCCCAUAUUUAAAUAUAAAAGACGUCUCCAUCACACGCCGUAGUGAACCCGCUGAUGACACAUGAGCUCUGAUGCAAAGCUACACUUUCCAUUAGUGGAUUAGUAUUAUUGAUGCAUCUGUAAUGUAGACCCCGCUCAUGUGUAGUUCUCAGGUGUUUCUCACUGAUCAGACCUUUUCUGAGUACCGUGUGUGCUUGAAUGACAAUUUGAAAGUUAAUUCUUUUUUUGUGUACUUGGGCGGGUUAAUAAAUCCAUAUUAUAUUCAUAUUGGGAAUUGAGAAUAGAUGUUAUCUGCGAUUUAAACUAUCAUAAUAGGAAGUGGUAACCUGUCUUUAAAGACUGCCUUAGGUAGAACGUAAUCUUUCUGAAUAAGAUUGUUAAUAGUUGAUUGUAUAUUUUGUGCAGCAGUAAUAGUCAACACAAGAUAGAUUAUUUAUUAAUUUAAUUAAAGGGGAAAUCAUUUUGCUACAGCAGCAUUUCUAUGUUCACAAAGGAAUAACAGUAAGGAAAUCCACAAUAUAUACACAAAGAAUAAUUAAAUUGACUAACGAAACAAUAGUGCAGUUACUGACUAUAAUGCCUUCUUAAAAUAUUGUGCUGUUAUCCCUGGGGAUAAAACCUACCUGUUUGCUUGUUUAUAACUUCACUCUAUGUCAUUAUCUGUAGAGUUGCAGACACUUAUAUGCACACACAGAAUGGGGGUAUGACCUGAGCAGGUCAGCUCUGUGGGACUGCUGGGCCUUUUGACCUUUAAUAUGACAUCCUUUUUUAGAAGUUGACAAUAUAGUGUAUGAAAAAUACAAACCGAAUACUAACUAACUCUUCUAAAUGUUGAAAAAGUAUAGUUCCCAUCAAUACAAAAGGUUGAAAAUACCUGAAAACACUGCACAAUAAGUCCUGAGUGGUGCUGAGUAAUGCCUCCGCAGCAUGACUCACCUGAGUGUGCGACCGCCGGCAGAUGGCAGCCUGCAACAAUCCCCCAACAACAACGCACACCAACACACCUCCCCGUGGUGCUACAGCACCAGUGAGUCUUCAUCGCAGGGAGGAGAACACAACACUCAUGCGUAUUUAUCCAAAAAGCACAUGGAACCCCGUCAGAAGACACCAGCAAGCCGCUGACUGCAUGUUCACAGCGACACGCGGGGCCAUCAGAGCAAAAAGGCUGACUUGUUUCUAUCAAAACAUUAUUCUUUAUGUUGUUGAUAACAUCAGGAAAAAACGUAAACUGAUAAUGUCUACCUUUAUUUAUGGCAAAUUGCAGCUUUUAUACCAAGUAGAAGCCAUAUAUAAAGAUUAUCGU